AAAUUAACCCUUUUCUCUCUUGACACUUCCUUUCCAUUCCAUUCAAUUCUUCUCAUUUCCAUCACCACCAAUAAAAUACUCUCUUUAACAUGAACCUCAAUUCAAUCACCACCGUCAUCCACGGUUGCGCCACCACAUUCCACCACCACAACACCACCGCAAUUCUUUCACCACAUUAACCAAUUUUAUGCAUCCUUUCUGCUGCAUCUCCGCAGUCUCCGAUCAUCAAUCUCCCGCUCAUCUCUCCAUGCCUCCUCUUCCUUCCUCCACCUCACCUCGCUCCGAAUCUUCCUCCGCAGCAAUCUCCGCUAACGGAGGAGGUGAUUGCAGCCGCGGAAGUCAGCUCGCGGUGGUUCAUACGGCGGUUGACGUUAGGAUCAACGACCUCGUUGGGAAUGGAAUAUCUGGAAUACUUCAGAAAUGGGUGAAUUACGGUAAAGGAUGGAGGCAUCGAUGGUUUGUGUUGCAAGAUGGUGUUCUUUCUUAUUACAAGAUUCAUGGACCUGAUAAGAUUGUAAUCAAUCCUGAAACUGAGAAAGGAUUCAAGGUUAUUGGCGAUGAAUCCAUGCGUAUUAUCAAUCGUAACAGAAAUUCUCAUCACUCUCAAAAUUGGCGUAAGCCUUUCGGUGAAAUCCACCUCAAGGUUUCAACUAUUCGCGAGAGCAGAUCCGAUGAUAAACGGUUUUCCAUUUUCACCGGGACAAAGACACUGCACUUGAGAGCUGAGACUCGUGAUGAUCGAGUGGCAUGGGUGGAGGCUUUGUAUGCGGUCAAAGAUAUGUUUCCUCGGAUGUCCAUCAGUGAGCUGAUGGCUCCAGUGGACAAUACGGCCGUUUCAACUGAAAAGCUAAGGCAUCGGCUUAUGGAAGAAGGUGUUAGUGAAGAAGCUAUUCAGGAUAGUGAGCAAAUUAUGAGGAAUGAGUAUGCUGCUCUACAAAACCAGCUAUUGCUACUUAAGCAGAAGCAGUUGGCACUAAUCGACAAUUUACGCCAUUUGGAGACAGAGAAGGUUGACCUGGAAAACACUGUUGUUGAUGAGAGCCAAAGACAAUGGAAUGGCCAACAGGCUUCAUCAAUGAUGAGGCAGGAAAAGUUUAGUGAGGUUAGUGCAAGUGGGUCUGAGGAUGAUAAUGAGAGAAAUGAUGCAGCAGAGGAAGAAACAGAUGAUGAUGAUACCCCCUUUUUUGACACCCGUGAUUUUAUAUCAUCAUCCAGUUCUGUUAGGGCUUCAUCCUUUUCUUCAGAUGAUGAAGGGAUCUCUGUAGUUGGAUCCGAGGGGGAUAUAGAUCCUUCUAUUAGAUCUGUUGGGACUAACUACCCCCACGUCAAGCGGCGGAAAAAAUUGCCUGAACCUGUUGAAAAAGAGAAAGGUGUCAGUCUUUGGUCAUUGAUUAAGGAUAAUAUUGGGAAGGAUCUAACUAAAGUAUGUCUCCCUGUUUAUUUUAAUGAACCUCUCUCCUCUCUUCAAAGAUGCUGUGAAGAAAUGGAGUACUCAUAUCUCCUUGACCGAGCUUAUGAAUGGGGAAAAAGAGGCAAUACCCUUAUGAGGAUUCUCAAUGUUGCUGCUUUUGCUGUAUCUGCCUAUGCUUCAACUGAUGGGAGAAAUUGUAAACCGUUUAAUCCAUUACUAGGGGAGACAUAUGAGGCGGAAUUUCCAGAUAAAGGUUUUCGUUUCAUCUCAGAGAAGGUCAGUCACCACCCUAUGAUAGUUGCAUGUCACUGUGAGGGUACAGGUUGGAAAUUUUGGGCAGAUAGCAACUUAAAGAGCAAAUUUUGGGGCCGAUCAAUUCAACUUGAUCCUGUUGGUAUUUUGACAUUAGAAUUUGAUGAUGGUGAAAUAUUCCAGUGGAGCAAGGUUACUACAUCAAUAUACAAUAUCAUUUUGGGAAAGCUGUAUUUGGAUCACUAUGGUACAAUGCGCAUUCAGGGAAACCAAGAAUACUCAUGUAAACUGAAAUUCAAGGAACAAUCUAUGAUUGAUCGCAAUCCUCACCAGGUUCAAGGUACUGUUCAGGAUAGAAAUGGGAAAACAUUGGCUACAUUAAUGGGAAAGUGGAAUGACAGCAUGUAUUAUGUUAAUGGAGAAUAUGGUGGAAAGGGGAAAGGUUAUGAAUCUCUGCCAGAAGCGCAAAUACUAUGGAAGCGGAGCAAGCCUCCCAAGUUUCCUACUAGAUAUAACUUAACUCGUUUUGCCAUCACAUUAAAUGAACUUACCCCAGGAUUAAAGGAAAAGCUGCCACCUACGGAUUCCAGGUUAAGACCAGAUCAGAGGUAUUUGGAAAAUGGGGAGUACGAGAUGGGAAAUUCAGAAAAAUUACGGCUAGAGCAGCGACAACGGCAGGCUCGGAAGAUGCAAGAGAGUGGUUGGGAACCACAAUGGUUUGCUAGGGAUAAAACAAGUGGUACCUACCGCUACGUAGGAGGAUAUUGGGAAGCCCGGCAGCAAGGAAGUUGGAAUUCUUGUCCUAAUAUUUUUGGUCAAAUUCCUUCUGAGCAUCUUUUAGAUGAAGGUUCAACUACAUUGUAGUUUUUCAAUUUUUUUCCUCCAAUUUUUUUACUGAUGGGUGUCACGACUGUGAUUGCAGUUAAAGUACCCCAAUGAGAUCCAUGAUAGUAUUAGUAUAUAAUUUGAAAGUUACCCCAAUGACAUUCUUGAUAGUAUAUAAUUUGAAAAUAAUGAGCAGGUAAUAAUAUGAUUUUGUUUACAUUCCAA